GCGAGCGGGAGCGCGCGCAUAGGAAGGAAGGGAAGGAAGGAGCAGAGGCAGAUCAGUCGCCAGCGGAGCCCAAGACGGCGGAUGAACGGAGCUGAGCGUGUUGGUCGCCCUUGCCGUUUUUUUACAGCAGCUUAAAGCAGCGUCAGGCAGCCCCAAACCUGCCCGAAAAUGAUGCUCAAACUCGUCCAUCUCCUCGGGGUGCUCGUCUGCGGCAGUCAAGCCGCACUGCAGGUGUCCAUAUCCUUGAACAAAGUGGAGUUAAGUGUCGGAGAGUCCAAGUUCUUCAUCUGCACAGCGAUUGGUGAGCCAGUGAGGCUGGAGUGGUACAACCCCCAGGGCGAGCGCAUCGUGCCCUCCAAGCGGAUGGCUCUCCACACGGAGACGUCACGAUCCAGGCUCAUCAUCUACAACGCCAUCAUCGAGGACGCCGGGAUCUACCGCUGCCAGGCCACCGACGCCAGCGGUCACACCGAGGAGGCCUCGGUCGUGCUGGAGAUCUACCAGAGGCUGACGUUUCGGGAUGUGCAGUCACCACAGGAGUUCCGCCACGGUGAGACGGCGGAGGUGGUCUGCGAUGUCAUUAGCUCACCGGUGCCCGUGGUGGUGUGGUACUACCAGGACAAAGAGAUCACUGAGGAGCACCACAGCAGGUACCAGGUGCUGACAAACAACAACCUGCAGAUCCGUCAGGUGACCAAGGCUGACGAGGGCGUGUACCGCUGCGAGGCCAGCGUGGAGGCCCGCGGCGAGAUCGAUUUUGUGGACAUCGCUAUGGUCGUCAACGUCCCUCCGGUGUUGUCAGUGUUCCAGCAGUCCUUCAACGCCACAGCUGACUACCAGGAAUCCGUCACCUUUACGUGCAUGACGUCCGGAUCUCCCGACCCCGUGGUCACAUGGCACAGGAAAGGGCAGCAGCUGGAGCCAUCCGAGCAGUACAUUAUCACGAGGCUGGAAGGCGGGCGGAGCAUGUUAACCAUCCGCAACAUCCGACAGGGCGACGGGGGCUCCUACACUUGCAAGGCCACCAACAAGGCAGGCUCUCAGGAAAGGGAGAUCUUCCUCAAAGUGUUUGUCCAGCCCCACAUCACCCAGCUGAAAAACGUGACAGCCGUAGAGGGCAGCGCCGCCAUGAUCUCCUGCGUGGCUGAGGGCGAGCCUCUGCCCGACAUUUCCUGGAGGAGAGCCAGCGACGGCCAGACCUUCGUGGACGGAGACAAGAGUCAGGACGGACGCUUUGAGGUCCGCGGUCGUCACGGCAAGUCGGUGUUGACCAUCAGCGGCGUGAGGCUCACGGACUUGGGUCGGUUCGACUGUGAAGCCCUGAGCCGGAUCGGAGGUCACCAGAAGAGCAUGUUCCUGGAUAUUGAGUAUAUACCAAAGUUCCUGACCAACCACACCAUCUACUACUCGUGGGAGGGGAACCCUGUGAACAUAAGCUGCGAUGUGAUGUCCAACCCUCCUGCCACCAUGCUGUGGAGGAGAGAGCGCUUCACCAUCUCCGCGGAGGGAACUGCCAACACGCGGGUUCACAGUGCAGACGGCAAGUCUGUGCUGGAGGUCACUCCUAUGUCCGACCGGGAUUUUGGCCGCUACAACUGCACAGCCAGGAACAACAUCGGAGUUCGAUACCAGGAGUUCAUUCUGGCCCAGGCAGAUGUACCAUCAAAUCCAUACUCGGUGCGUCUCUCGGCUGUUUCCCAGCGCUUAGCGACCGUCACCUUCAUGAAGCCCGACUCGCACGGCGGCGUGCCAAUCAGCUACUACCUGGUCCAGUACAAGGAGGUCGGCUCACAGGAGUGGAAGGACGUCAAGUCACAUAGCAUCCAGACGACAGUGGUGCUGACGGGGCUGGAGCCCAACACGACGUACGAGGUUCGAGUGGCAGCUGUCAACGGGAAGGGUCAGGGAGAGUUCAGCCACACGGAGACCUUCCAGACUUUACCCAUCAGAGAGCCGAGUCCGCCGGCGGUCCACGGGCAGAGAGGGAUGGGGAAGGCCUACAGGCUGGGGCUGGUCAAGCAGGACGACGGGGGGAUGCCCAUCGUGGAGUAUAUAGUCAAGUACAAGACAUCCUCACAGGAUAAAGAGGAACAGUGGAUGACCAAGUUGGUCCCCGGAGCGAACGAUUUUGCGAUGCUGCAGCCGCUGCAGUGGAACACGAGAUAUGAAGUGGAAAUCACAGCGCGCAACGUCAAGGGCCUGUCGGAGCCCACCUUCUAUCAGUUCUUCAUGCCACAGAAACCUGACAUUACAGCAGAAUCCCUGUUCAGUGGCCUGGGGCUGGGGACCGUGGUGGGCCUGGGCCUGGGAGCGCUGCUGCUGCUCCUCGUGCUGGUGGACGUCAGCUGCUUCUUCCUGCGUCACUGCGGCCUGCUGAUGUGCAUCACGCGCACGCUGUGCGGCAAGAAAACAACCACCAGCGGCAAGGGCAAAGACAUAGAAGAGGGCAAGGCCGCCUACCUGUACACCUACAACAGCCGCCCAACCACCUUUUCUACCACCUUUUCAACCACCUAUUCAACCACAGAAGCUACCGCUGAAGGAAGAAAAUGGAAAAGAGUCUCUCAAGCCGGAUACGAUUGAAAUCAAAGUGCACAGUGACAACAGCAUCCACACAAAGCCCGACGUCAGCAAAGCGUAAAAGGGUCGGUCCCCUCGCCACCAAAAGAACAUUCGGAUCACGAGACCAAAACCCAGAGAAAGUGCAACACUGGAAAAUAGUGGAGUAAAAUACCAUAUCUGUUUAUAACAAUGCCCCAGUGACAGGCAUGUGUAAAUACAAAUAAUAGGGAGAAAAUAGAGAGAAAGGGUCAACCUUUUAGACACCCUGAGUGAUAAAUGUAUCAUGUUCUUAAAAAACAUGGCAUCAGUGGAAGGCUCUUGUUGAUCAAUGAUUGUAUUUUUAGUUUUGUCCCAUUUCCUUUUGGUUCAUAAGUACCAAACUUUUAUGAUCAUUGUUUUUCUACAGCCCACAUAAGACUUUCAUGCCGUUAAAAGGUCAUAUAUUACGUCUCCAGCCCCACCAUGGCUUCCUACACAAAGGCAGGCAAAGCUCGUAUGCUACUGUGCCCCAAGGCUCACACCGCUAAUGCUUUUUCUGUCAGCGCGAAUGCAUGGGCCAACCCUCACUGCGGGAUAUCACACUUAUUUAAUCGCCUAUUUCCAUGCCUUUAAUAGCCGAGCUAGGUGUCUGGCUAUUCUGAGGCGACUGCUGAGGCUUUGUGUUUCAAGCUAGCUGACGGCUGAUGGAUUAAUUGCUUCAGGAAGAAGCGACGACAGGUUCUUACGAGAGGCGGUCGUUCGGUAACAAGCGGGAAAAAAAAUCUUAUUAAACAAUUAACGGUUAAUUAUUACGAGGAAUUUGGACUUUAAUGCUUUCUGAAGGGCUAUUGUGGGCUAUAGGUCGCGUUGCGGGAAAACAAAAAAAGACAAAAAGAAAGAAUGUGUUGCAGUCUAUGACGUAUAACAUAAUCCCACGUGUGCGUUGAUGCAAAGCCUUUUUUAUUGACACUGAAUAUUGUUGACAGCUGUCUCAUUCUCCACCGAUGUGUGCAUAAGUAUGUUUUAUUCAUCUGUGUUCAAACAGCACUUACAGUGCAGUGUACUGGUGAUCUGAAUGGUGUCAUGUAAACGUCGCUCUGUGAAUGGUAGGACUCGAGACGCGGGAACAAAACGAGUAAAGGUCAGCUAACGAGAAACACAUCUACACGUGUGUCACGUCUGUUUGUAAUGAUGAACUUUCAUUUCUUUCAUUUCUGUCUCUUCUGUUGGUUAUUGGUCUGAUUGCUAUUCUCUCUGAUGUUGUCAUGUGUUGUACAUAGGUGAAAAAAAAAAAAUAUUUUACAGAGCUUUUAUGUAAAUAUACCCUAAAGGAUGUGUCUUUUUUCAAAACGCAACAGGUAUGGCUUUUUUUGUGAGCGCUCCUUAGAUGAAAAGCUGUCUCUUCCUUUUCCUUUUUUCUUUUCUUCUUCUUCUUCUGUUGUGUUUUUGGUCCAAAGUUCAGUGAUGGUGUAAUAUUGCUUUUUCUAGUCAUUUGCUUUCCCUUAAGAAAAUCCAUGCCCUAAGGCUAUUUCACGCUAUUUCAAUGGAGACAGUAAUUACGGCAUUAGUGUGCCUUCUCUUUUUCUUUUUCUCCCCCCCUUGUGGCCCAAUGCCGCCGCAGCAGUGUAGACCUUCAAAUGAGUUUUUGAUCGUGCUGCUUUUCGCCACAGAAUGUGUCAGAAGAUUGAAUUUCUAUUGUGGUGCUGUGAAUUCUGGGAAAUGUAGUCUUAGGAUUGUGGAUUGUAGUCGACAACACUGGAGAGAGAAAAAGGGCGCGUAUAACUACCUAGUGCGACGAGAUGUCAGGUUGAUGCUGUGACUCUGGUGUACAGUGAUGGGGGGUGUGUGUGUGUGUGUGUGUGUGUGUGUGUGUGUGUGUGUGUGCGUGUGCGUACAUGCACGAGUGAGUGAAUGCACUUGUCCACAUGAAUCAGGUUGCAUGUAUGUCGGUUGAAUGUAUUUGCACGUACUAUAAGUCGAUUUUUUGAGUCUGUGCUCAUUUCGAUUUUUCACAAUAAGAGUCUCACGAUUUCAAACGAUAUCCUAAAUACGACCGAACUAAAGAGUCAAUAUCUCGCUAUUCCGGCAUUUCUUUUGUUCUAAUUUAUUUGUUGAUUUUAUUAUCUAUUUAUAUUAGAUUAAAGCGUUUUUACUGAAUACACUUUUUUGGUUCCAUGAUGCAUCGUGCAGCUCUGCAAGUCCUAUAGUGUACGAUGACCACGUGCCAAGUAUGAAAGUCUGAGUGCUGCGAGUGUGUUCCUCUUUGUGUUGGCGAGAGCUCUCACGGCGAGUUUCAGAGUGCGCUCUGAUAGGUAAAACAAGAUUAUGUAGUUCUCGACAGUGAUUAAUUCCCCAGGCUGCAGCACUUCAUGCAUGUGUCUGCGAGCCCCCUUGCCGCCGACAACCCCUCGCCACUAUUCCCUCUGAGACUCCAUUGGUUUUUAUCUCAGACCUCAUAGCACCGGCUUUGUUUUCUCUCCGUGAGCCCUUGUACCUGCAUAUCUCAACUGGAUGGUCCUGCCAUGGAGUGGUUCCGCUGCCUGUUACAACGACUGUAAAUAUGGGAGCACAGUGCCUGGAGGCUAUACGAUUUGUACAUGUUCUUUUGUAUUUGAAUAUGAGUCUAAAUACCACCCCCUUCCCUUCUUAUGCUCUCCUCCCCCCCCCCCCCCCCCCCCCCUCUCAUCCUCCCUUCCUCUCUGUCUCCUCCGCCAUGCCUCUGUCCUUUUUCUGUAGGGGGUAAAACAGGCGUGUUUGAGCUCAGUGUACAGUAUGUGUCCUCUUUGUCCCCAUGCUCCCCGUGUCCCUUGGACUGUCCCUGCUGAGUGUGCUUUGUGCAGGAGGUGGGAACUAUUGAUGUCUCUCUGUACGUACCUGUGGAACACUUGUGACUCCUGUCAUUUGCCGCUGUAAAUAAACAUGUCCUGGUAGAAGAGA